AUGUGGGUUGUAGAUCCUGAAGUGCUUAUAAUAGAGGUGGAGGCUCGGCCGUUUCUAUAUGCAAAGACAUUGCCAGAAUACUCAAAUAAAAUUAUAAAGAAUAAUGCCUGGGAGGACAUAACCAAAAAACUCUCAGAGGACUGGGAAACCCUCAACAAUGAUGAAAAAAAUAGUCGAUUUCCACACGUCAAAGAUGCAAAAACUUCUGGAAACUACAGCAUUCCCACAAAUGUACCAGAGCAAAAUACUGGAAGCCCAUCAACAUUUAAUACUGAAUAUUCACCCGCUGGACCUUCGAUUGCCACUUGUAAUGUUACAGAGACUCCAAAAAAGAAAAAGAAAACUACAUCAUCCUUUGAAAGUGAAAUUUUGAAGGCCAUCAAAAAUGAGUCUGGAAUGGACGAGGAUAAAACAUUCUGUUUAUCAUUGGUUCAAUCACUAAAAAAGAUGGAUGGUGUUAGCUAA